AUGGAGGAGAAGGCUUCUCGAGAGCAGCUUGAGCUGGAAGUGGCGCAGCAUCGCCAAACUAUCCACGAGCUGGAGGGCAAGUGGCAGAAGCUUCGCCAGGAUGCCGAAACUGCAGAGGGGCUAUCGCAGAAGCAAAUCGACUUCUUGCAGGAGAGGGUGCUGGAGGCUGAGGGUGCUGAGGAGGAGAUCCAACAGACCAAGGCAGAGCUCCAGUCGGAGAAGGAGAGAAACAUGGAGCUCAUGCGCGACAUUGCAUCUUUGAGAUCUCGGCUGGAAGAGCAGGCUCGCUCUCAGACCGCAGGCGUUGCUGAAUCGGAACGCCGCAUAUCUCACACCUCAGCAGGCUCAGGCGACAGCAAUUUCAGGAGCAAGGUGAAGGGUGUGAAACGCCGAGCCACCGACCUUUUGCGGCAAGCGCAUGGUCCCAGCAUGCAGCUUGUGGGCCUUGACUUGCGCUCAGAAGUGUCCACGCGCCUAGGUGGCCAUGAGGGCCACGCCGACACCGAGAGCAAGGCUCAAGUGGUGUCGGAGCGCCGUCAGCUGGCGGCGCUUGUGGAUGCCGUCGAGCAUGACCUAGCAUCAUUGAAGGAAGAGGCAGCCACGCACCAUGAGCUGUCUGAGGAACAACUGAAGGAGGUGAUGGAAGAGAUCGACUUAGCUCUGCAAAAUUGCAGAGAUGAGUCAAAGCUUCUGCAGAGCAGCUCGCCUUUGCAGGGUAUGCCAGAGUCUCUGCUGCAAAGCUUGGCGGAGGCUCUAGGCUUGGUCGAGGGCAGCAAGGAGUCGCUUGCAUCCAGGCGAUGGGUGCAUGGAGAGACUCCUCUACACUGGGCGGCUGCGCUAGGGCGCCGCGACGUGAUUGAGUACCUUCUCAGGCAAGAGGGCGGCACUGCUCUUUUGCAUGCCAGGGACCGCGAAGGCCACACCCCUGCUGAACUGGCAGAGCAGCGCCAUCAGGUGAGUGUGGCGCAGUUUCUCUAUGGGCACAUGGAGAUGAAUCCUCGGCAGGAAGGGGUGGAGGAGCGGCUUCCCCCGGCCUACAGAGAGGUGCUGAAGCAGGUGGUGGCAUCCGGCUGGGACUCCGUGCGCUGGAAGGAGGGCUUUAGCAUGCUCCACUGGGCCGCCUCCAAAGGAGAGGUGGACUUGGCUCGCUACCUCCUGCAGCUGCGGGCAGAUCCUGACGCGCGCGACGACACGCACCAGCGGACACCUCUGGAUUGGGCAGAACAUGAAGGACACGUGGAGGCUGCGGAAAUGCUGCGGCGGCAAACCAGGAGCCGGCUCCUGGGGCGACUGUCUACGCGCCGGAAGACUUUCCAGCAGGAGCGCUCCUCACUGCCUGUGCAGCAGGGGCAGGCAGUUCCAGCGCCCAGGCGGAAAAGUGAGGCGGCGCCGCGCCGGCGCAGCAGGCGCAAAUCCGUCAUGCCGGAGAGCUACAUCCCUGUCCUGGAAGAGAUCGACCGGCGGGGCUGGAACAACAUGCAAUGGACCAACGGCUUUACUUUGCUCCACUGGGCUGCUCAGAAUGACCAGCCCGAUUUGGUGGAGCAGCUUUUUACCAAGGCUGCGGACCCCUUGCAGAAGGAUGAUGCCGGCAGGACCGCCUUGGACUUUGCGCGUGAGAGUGGGAGCCUGGCGGUGGUUGAAGCCUUGAAGCGCUACUCCCCCCCGGCCCCAGAGGUCAUGGACCUCUCGGAGCACGGCGGAAAGGACGCGCGCAGGAGAACUUACGGCUCCGUGUUGUCCUCCGCGGGAAAUGAGGACUUCCUGGUGGAGAACCCGAUCGAGGCUCGGAGACAGCGCGAGGCAUUUCAGCGUCAGAUGACCGACAUGAUGCUGAACGCCCGUCGCGAGCGCUCGCGGAAUGACGUGCCAAGAAUUUCCAUCACCGGAGAUGACAUGGACAAGGACCGGGGAUUGGGCAAAAGCGGUGAGACUCCACAACGGCUGAGACGAAGACAAGUCUUCCACAAAGAGGCGGUGCCCUGA